AUGUCUACUUCUUCUUCAUCAUCGUCUGUACUUGAUGCCAAACUCGCGGAGUUGGGCAUUCCGUUGGUCUUCACUAAGGAGCAUGAAGCGGUAUCGACUGUUGAUGAGAUGAUUAACCACUUGGUAGGAGUAGAGGGGGAAAAGGCGAAGAAUCUUUUCUUGAAGGACAAGAAGAAGCACUAUUAUUUGCUUACGGCCGAUGUGAACUCGAGGACGGACCUGAACUCGGUUGGGAAGCUCUUAAGCGCCAAGGAUCUGCGUUUUGUGGACGGCAAGAAGAUGACUGAAAUGCUCGGGGUACCUCUCGGUUCGGUCACCCCAUUUGCUUUGGUGAACGAGUCUUCUGAGGGCGUCAAGUUUGUGGUGGACUCAAAGCUGGUUGAGAGUGAUGUCGUUUGUGUGCAUCCAAAUCGUAACACAGCGACUGUUGGCGUUAGUGGAGCCAAUCUAGUCAAGUUUGCGGAAGCUACCGGGCACGAAGUUGUCGUCAUCGACUUGCCCGAAAACGGCAGUGAGGCUCCCACGGCUCCUGUUACGAAGAAUGCGGUGAAACAAAAGAAGGAGAAAAAACCAAAGGCCGCAGUAGUGAAGAAGGAGAAGGUUGAUGAAAAGGGUGUUAAUAAGGAGGGUAUCGAUGCUAAGAAGAUGGACGAUUUCUCGAAGUGGUAUACACAGGUCAUCACUCGCGGUGGCUUCAUUCGUUAUCACGACAUUUCCGGUUGUUAUAUUCUUCGGCCGCCUGUGAUGUUCAUCUGGGAGCAGAUCCAACAGGCGUUUGAUACGGAGAUAAAGAAGUUGGGCGUACGUCCCUGUUGCUUCCCAAUGUUCGUGUCUAAGAGUGCUCUGGAGAGGGAGAAGGAGCACGUUGAGGGGUUCAGUCCUGAGGUUGCUUGGGUUACUAAAGCGGGUGAUUCGGAAUUGCCGGAGCCCAUUGCUAUUCGCCCCACUAGUGAGACGAUUAUGUAUCCAUCCUAUGCCGAUUGGAUUCGCUCGUAUCGCGACUUGCCCCUAAAGCUGAAUCAGUGGACUAACGUUGUGAGAUGGGAGUUCAAGCAGCCAACGCCGUUCAUCCGGACGAGGGAGUUCUUGUGGCAGGAGGGGCAUACUGCUCACGCGACUAAGGAGGAGGCUGUAGGGCUGGUAUAUAGUAUUCUGGAUCUGUACAAGAUGCUUUAUGAGCAGCUUCUGGCUGUUCCUGUAGUACAGGGGGUGAAAUCAGAGAUGGAAAAGUUUGCUGGUGGGGAGGCGACGACUACGUGUGAGGCGUUUGUGGCUUGCAAUGGGAGAGCUGUACAGGGCGCUACUUCGCAUUUUCUGGGAACGCAUUUUGCGAAGAUGUUUGGCAUUGAAUUUGAGGAUAGGGAUGGGGAGAAGAAGUUCGCGGAACAGACUUCGUGGGGCUUCACUACUCGCUCGAUUGGAGUAAUGAUUAUGGAACAUGGCGACGACAAGGGGUUGGUAUUACCUCCUAGAGUAGCAGAAGUUCAAGUCGUGAUAGUGCCUAUUCCACCAAAGGGAGCGGGAGCCCAGUGGAGUACGGCUGAGUUGAAGGAGAUGAUUGGAGAGAAAUGCAAAAGUAUUUAUGAAGACCUCAAGGCGAAUGGUGUCCGUGUAGUUUUGGAUGAUCGCGAGGAUAAAACGCCGGGAUAUAAAUUCAAUCAUUGGGAGCUGAAGGGCGUACCACUUCGUAUUGAAGUCGGCGCUAAGGAUCUCGAAAAGGGUGUGGUGACGUUCGUACGCAGAAAUUCUGGGAGGAAAUCGCAGGAAGCGAAGCACGCUUCGGUGGAGGUGAAGGCAGCCCUGGAGAGUAUACAGUCGGAGUUGCUGGAGGCCGCUAGAGCCAAGCUGGAGGAAGGUAUAGUGAAGGUGACGAAAUGGGAUGAAGUUAUGCCUGCACUUAACGCACGUAAACUUGUAUUGGCGCCCUGGUGCGAAACGGAGGAAAGCGAGGAGGAAAUUAAGAGAAUAACGGCUGAGCAGAGCAAGGAACAAGUGGUCGUUACUGAUGAGGAAGGUGGGGCUCCUGCAUUAUCGGGCGCGAUGAAGUCGUUGUGUAUUCCUCUGGAGAGUUCUGGUUAUCAACUACCGAUGGCUGAGGGGACGAAGUGUUUCUUCACUGGGAAGCCGGCUAAGAGGUGGUGUUUAUUCGGCAGAAGCUAUUGAAUGUAGUCUAGUGUUUUCAACGUUACUAGCUGG